AUGAGACACAACCAUGUUGGAUCACCAGUAUCCACGGGAAGCAUGGAUUCCGCGAUCGAAAGCGGCAAUACCUUGCCCACAAAGGUUGACCAACGCGAGACUCUGGGAGACAUCAUCCAAAGACGGUUUCACCGUGAAUCUUUGUUUGACGGCGACAGUGACGAGGGUAGUGAAGAUUUGGACGACGAAGACCACAUGAUGCCGGGUCUGCUAAAUAAAGGAGUUUCGUAUACCGUUCAAAAUGUUUUGGUACAGGGUUGGGUUUCCAAAAAGGGGACUGGCCAAGAUUUGUUUGCCAGUCGAGCAUGGAAAACAAGAUGGGCUGUCCUUUCGCUAGCAAGAGUUCCAGGCCACGAUGUUGACGUGCCAAUGCUGGAGAUUUACUGGAGCGAAUCCGCUCCCACCCCAUCUACCGUCAUUGUUCUGAGUUCGGCUGUCAUUUUGCCUACAGAAGGUCCUGAUCCCGUCAAGUGGAACUUUUAUAGAUUUGAAAUUCGUCACGUCAAGAAACCAGUGAACGACUCCUUUCAACAGGUAACUCGCAUCUUUAGCUGUCCCAGGGAGGGUCGGGACCGAUGGGUCUAUGCCAUGAACCAAGCCUUGCUCGAUUAUGAAAAGGCCAAGGCCAGCCGUAAACGAAUUGUAUCUACCAGUCCACCCAGGACCCUGGCAGCGCCCGCGAAUGAGAGCUUUCCUCCUAUGAAACCAAUAAGGACAAGACUCUCUAUUCCAAUGUCGCCACCCUUGCCGUCAAAGCCAUCGGUACCAUUGCCAAGACCACCACUGGCCGGGGUCAAUCUUGUGGAUUGA